AUGGCUGAGGCUCCGAGCCAGAGCGUAGACACGCGCUCGACGACGGUUGAGGCGUCGUCGAACUCCUCGCUCACCUCCUCGACUAGCGUUCUCGAGAACUCAACGUUCGCUGCUAGUGGCGAGAAUGCACCCCGGCUCUCUCCUACGACUACUCCCUCAGACUCCGAAAGCAAGUCUACGGAUAGCAUAUCACUUUCAAGCUCUUAUGCUGCUGAUAUCAAAACAGUAACAACGACGAUGGUCCUGAUGUUUACCAGCGAUGUGGAUACUGUCUUUCCGACCUCGCCCUCUGAGAGUAUCCGGUUCGAAGCAAUCACAAUAGUAACAGAUCUUUCGUCAGCUGACGGAGAAUCCAUCACAGUUUCCGGGUCUGAUGAGGGGACUGCCGGACCGCCUGCAGAAGAAGACGAUACGUUAUUGUUGGCAAUAUCGACAUCUACCGUCUCGCAAGAUAUUUCCCGACUUCAACCGGUCCCGCCACCCCAAUCCUCUAGCUCGCAUUCGGAAAGCCUGUCCAAUGACAACACAUUCGAAAAUGGCAGUUAUACGGCAGUACGAGCUGAACCUGUAUUAUCUCAGGUGUACGAGACCACCCUGGGAGAUGGUACCUAUGUGACAGAAUCUGCACUCUAUGAGACCAGGGUCCCUAUCCCCACUGCGCAAAGCAAUGGCCAGGAUAACAUUGCGAGUGACGGCCGUGAGCGCCCAACAUUACCCGGUAUAUACGAACCUGUCACAAACCCUCCUGUUGGAUUUUUUAAGAAACCGGCAGCCGCUGCUGGCGUUUUCAUCGCAAUUAUGCUCGUGCUUGGGUCGCUUGUGUGGAUGUUCUUCAUUAUCCGUCGUCACCGUCAAGCUGUGGCCGCCGCCGCAAAUCAAAAGCGACCAAUCUUUGCAUAUGGCUCGACUG